UUCUUCAAUCGCACCAAACAGACUGCUCCCAAGACACAAAAACACGUUUCCUCAAAGGAAAAAAAAACACAAAAACACAAUAGAAGUGUAUAAGUAAGCAUUUCCAAAUUCCAACCACAAGUUCAAUCUUAAAAAAAAAUGGCAGAGUGUGAAGCAAAGGAGAGGAAGAUAUUGGUGGGCGUAGAUGAAGGAGAAGAGAGCAUGUAUGCUCUCUCAUGGUGUCUCAACAACAUCCUCGUCUCUCAAAAUUCCAAAGAUACCCUCAUCCUUCUCUAUGCCAAACCACCUCGGCCCUUCUACAUGGCCCUCGACGGAACAAACAGGAGAGAAGUCCGAGGGCACAUGUUCUCAACUAACGUAAUGGCGACUAUGGACAAGUAUACCAACGAACUGGCUGAGGCUAACAUAAUGGCGACCAUGGACAAGUAUACCGAUGAGCUGGCUGAGUCUGUGAUAGAGAAAGCGAAGAGGCUUUGCAAAGAGAUUCAUCAUCUUGAUGUUAAGGUGGAGACGAGGGUGGAGACGGGAGAUCCAAGGGAUGUGAUCUGUCAAACGGUGGAGAAAUCAGGUGUCGACAUGGUGGUGUUGGGAAGCCACGGCUACAGUCUCAUCACGAGGGUUUUUUUAGGAAGUGUGAGUAGUCAUUGUGCGCAGAAGGUAAAGUGUCCUGUUCUAAUUGUGAAAAGGCCCCAGUCAACAUCGCCCAGCAAAUAAUAACAAUGACGUUAAUUUUACUUCUGUCAAUUAUUAUUUUUUUAUUUCUAUUUUGGUUUAAUGUUGUUUUGCUUUUGUUUUGCUUUGUUGCAUAAAUUUUCAUGAAUGUCUUUCAACAAUUUUUUCGGCGAAGCUAAAUUUCACAAUAUAUACAAAUUUUCACGAA